AACACACUUGAGUAUGUAAAGGACUCAUCCGUUUACGUUGUUGCGAGUGUUAUUUUCGCAAAGAUGAAGAGCCCUUCACAAAGUUGCUUGUUGUUAUUAGCAUUUGCGGGCAUCUGCAAUGCUUCGCUUAUUUCUAUUUCUGCAAGAGAAAUGAGCAAAAACGUUGUACCACCAGCAAAAUACGAUUACGAAGCGUGCCUGGACAACAUCUUUGAUAAUGCUCAGCUGAUCUUCAACAAAAAUCUUGGACUUGAUUCAGCACUGAAUUGGAAAAAUGCCACAGGACUUGCCGAGCAAGUUCACCAGAUCAUCGACAAGGGUGUGGAUAGCUUUAUACAAGUGUGCAAUGCCCGUCAAGCCUAUGCUUAUCAGCUUGGUAACACCUAUCCCUUUUGCCUAAAUCGCUUCUACCUCCUCAAUCGUGAUGCUACACCCUUCACUGAUGCUGUCACCUACGUCCACAUGUAUAAACAUCUGGAAUUUAUUUGCAGCACGGGAUUCGAUGUAUAUCAAAUGAAUCUUCCAUGCAUCAUCACCGCUGAACACACAGAUGGAACCCUAUACCAAGCAUGUUUCUACAAAUUUCAGCAAAUAGUGCAAAAUAAUCCUUAUCGAUAUUGCGAAGCCAGUGAGUCGUUUGUGCUGUGCGUCAGGGAUUUCUUUACCGAACAUUGUGGUGCUCCGACUGGAUGGGUGCAAUGCGAAAAGGAACGCAUUGGAUUCGCUUACGAUUGUCCAGGACUCAGUUGCUAA